AUGGGCACAUGUAUGCUACUCCCCUUCCACGUCACUGGUGGCCAGCCGGCUAUGGGGCAAGGAGUGGUCGUACAUGUGAGAGAAGGGAUUUGGCCUAGAAAUCUAAUAAUAAGUCUUCAUUAUCAUGAGUUAAUAGUUAGUAAAUAAUUUAGUUUUAGCCUUAACUCAUGAUAAAUAGACUUAUAUUUGUAUUAAAAAAUGAUUUAUGGUUUUCAAUUGAUUAACGUGAAUUUUUGGGUAAUUAUGUGAUUUUAUAUGAUUUUUACAGUCUUACUUUUGAGAUAAAUGAAGAACAAGAAAUAAAAAUAAAAAUAUUGCAAAAUGGGGGAUCCGCCAGCCAGCCGGGCCCGCAAGCGGGUCGGAAGCAUAGUCGGGGAGUAGCCGCUAGUAGGGGCUCGAGGGGCUUGGCUUGGACCGAUAGGGGCACGUGUGCGCCACUGUCCUUCCACAUCACCGGUGGCCAGCUGGCUGUGGGGCAAGGAGUGGUCGUACAUGCGAGAGAAGAGACUUUGCUUACAAAGCUAACAUUACUAUAUAUUUGCCCGAAAAAUCGGCGCACAACCGAUGUGGGACUAAACCCGCGUCACACCUUCCUCAUAAGAGGCGGGCGACCGGCGUGGGUUCGAAUCCUCCUAGAGUUAAAAUUCAUAUAUUUUUAUCUGAUUAUUGCGACUUUCUUGCAGAUCGCCGGUGAAGGAUUAAGCAACGAGAAUCGCUGGAUCAUCGGUGAAAAUCUCGUCAACGCGAUUCGCGGAGCAUUACUACUAAAAUUGUUGAACAAUUUACAAUAAAAUGAUCGCGAAUCCAUUGAGUUAAUCAUCUCUGAUUGAUUGACGAACAAGCCGUUGUCGAGAAGAGGACGAUUCGCCAGGAGACUAGUCACCACCUCUUGAGAGCAUACUAGAUGUGAUGAAGAGCAUCCUCUUGUUGCGUGGACCUGAGGAUGAAGCUCCCUGACACACGCCCCACCUCCAUCCAACUCCUCUCUAUCAGGUGACAGCCGCUGGAGAGCCACAAAGUCGCCAUUUUUCUGCUCUGUUGAGUGACAGCCACCGAAGACGAUUCGACGACCCACUUCAUUGAUCUCUAGACUUCGUGAGAAGAUCUAGAGAUUGCCCAUGUUGUCUUUGUCUAAGGAGAGCCUUCGAGGCCGUGGACACUACACGACGACCCUCUUGAAUGCUCAAGAUUCCAGUGCAUCGCUGACGCAUCACCGUUGCGACGUCGGAACUCUAUUUUCCUGCUUUCAAUUUACAUUACACUUCAUUUAGUGAUAAUUUUUGUGUUUUUAAUUUACCAAAAUAUACUUUGUUCUAUUAUGAUUCUUCUGGCUCUUACAUAUCUUAAUUUGAUCAAUUAAAUCAUCCGUAAUCACUUACGUAAGAAUCGUCAGGCGGAACUCUAUUUCCACCCGAUUCACGCUCACUAGGUGCUGAUGUCAUCCUGACGUUCGCACCCUUAUUUCCCUUUUUCGUGAAUUUUAAAUAUAUUUCCUUUUUAUUUCCUAGUAUAAAAUUCAUAGAAAAUCGUAUUCAUUGAGAAAACUUUUGAAUAAUUACUAGAUAUUAUAUUACAUCCUAUGAUCGACCUCGAAAAUUACUACUAUUUUUGGAAUUUUUAUUAAAUUAUAAUUGAUAUAUUUAUUUAGAAAUACUUCUAAAUAUCUAAAAAUUCGUAUUUUCUUGUUUUAUAAAUUUUAUAUUUACGUGAUUUAAUAUACAACGACUAAGUCACGUCAAAUUUUGACGUGAGAGGAGCUGGAUGGAGGUGGGGCGCAUGUCAGGGAGCUUCAUCUUCAAGUCUGCACAGCAAGAGGAGGCUCUUCAUCGCAUCUGGUACGCUCUUAGGAGGUGGUGACUAGUCUCCCAGUGGAUCGUCCUCUUCUCGACGACGGCUUGUUCGUCGAUCAAUCGAAGAUGAUUUACUCAAUGGAUUCACGAUCCUUUUAUCAUGAAUCAUUCAACAAUUUUAGUAGCAAUACUCUGUGAAUCGCGUUGACGAGAUUUUCGCCGAUGAUCCAGCGAUUCUUGUUGCUUAAUCCUUCACCGGCGAUAUGCAAGAAAGUCACGAUAAUCAGAUAAAAAUAUAUGAAUUUUGACUUUGGGAGGAUUCAAACCCACGCCAGUCGCCCGCCUCUUCUGAGGAAGGUGUGACGCGGGUUUAGUCCCACAUCAGUUGUGCGUCAAUUUUUCGGGCGAAUAUAUAUUAAUGUUAGCUUUGUAAGCAAAGUCCCUUCUCUCGCGUGUACGACCACUCCUUGCCCCAUAGUCGGCUGGCCACCGGUGACGUGGAAGGGGAGUUGUGUACACGUGCCCUAUCGGUCCCUAAGCCAAGCUGCUCGAGCCCCUACUAGCGGCUACUCCUCGACCCGCUUGCGGGCCCGGCUGGCUAGUGGAUCCCCCAUUUUGCAAUAUUUUUAUUUUUAUUUCUUGUUCUUCAUUUAUCUCAAAAGUAAGACUGUAAAAAUCAUAUAAAAUCACAUAAUUACCCAAAAAUUUACGUUAAUCAACUGAAAACCACAAAUCAUUUUUUAACAGAAAUAUAAGUCUAUUUAUCAUGAGUUAAGGCUAAAACUAUAUUAUUUACUAAUUAUUAACUCAUGAUAAUGAAGACUUAUCAUCUAACAUUACUAUAUAUUUGCUUGAAAAAUCGGCGCACAACUGAUGUGGGACUAAACCUGCAUCACACCUUCCUCAGAAGAGGCGGGUGACCGGCGCAGGUUUGAGUCCUUUCAGAGUCAAAAGUCAUUUAUUUUUAUCUAAUUAUUGUGACUUUCCUACAGAUCGCUGGUAAAGAAUUGCUGGAUCAUCGGUGAAAAUCUCAUCAACGCGAUUCGCGAAGCAUUGCUACUAAAAUUGCUGAAGGAUUUGCAAUAAAAGAAUCGCGAAUCCAUCGACUAAAUCAUCUUCGAUUAAUUAACGAGUCGCCACCUCUUGAGAGCGUACCAGAUGCGAUGAAGAGCCUCCUCUUGCUGCAUGGAUCGCGUUGAUGAGAUUUUUGUUGAUGAUCCAGCGAUUCUCGUUGCUUAAUCCUUCACCGACGAUCUGCAAAAAAGUCACAAUAAUCAGAUAAAAAUAUAUGACUUUUGACUCUAGAAGGACUCAAACCCGCACCGGUCGCCCGGCUCUUCUGAGGAAAGUGUGACGCAGGUUUAGUCUCACAUCAGUUGUGCACCAAUUUUUUGAGCGAAUAUAUAGUAAUGUUAGAUUUCUAAGCUAAGUCCCUUCUCUCGCAUGUAUGACCACUCCUUGCCCCACAACUGGCUGGCCACCGGUGACGUGGAAGGGAAGUGGUGCACACGUGCCCCUAUUGGUCCAAGCCGCUUGAGCCCCUGCUCGCGGCUACUCCCUGACUAUGCUUCCGACCUGCUUGCGGGCCUGGCUGGCUGGCAGGUCCCCCCUAUUUUGCAAUAUUUUUAUUUCUUAUUCUUCAUUUAUCUCAAAAGUAAGAUUGUAAAAAACAUAUAAAAUCACAUAAUUACCUAAAAAUUCACAUUAAUCAAUUGAAAACUAGUUUUCACACUUUAACACAAAUAUAAGUCUAACUAUCAUGAGUUAAACCUAAAACUAUAUUAUUUACUAAUUAUUAACUCAUGAUAAUGAAGACUUAUCACGUACCAGAUGGGAUGAAGAGCCUCCUCUUGUUGCACAGACUUGAGGAUGAAGCUUCUUGACACAUGCCCCACCUCCGUCUAGCUCCUCUCUGUCAAGUGACAGCCACCAAAGAGCUGCAAAGUCACCGUUUUUCCGCUCCACCAGGUGACAACCGUCGAAGAUGACUUGACGACCCAUUUCAUUAAUCUCUAGACUUCACGAGGGGAUCUAGAGAUUGCCCACGUCAUCUUUGUCUAAGGAGAGCCUUCAAGGCUGUGGACACUACAUGAUGAUCCUCCCAAAUGCUCAAGAUUUUAGUUCAUCAUUGACACAUUGCUGUCGCGACGUUGGGACUCUAUUUUCUUGCUUUCAACUUACUUUACACUUCAUUUAGUGAUAACUUUUGUGAUUUUUAUUUACUAAAAUAUACUUUGUUCUAUUACGAUUCUUCUCGUUUUUACAGAUCUUAAUUUGAUUAAUUAAAUCAUUUGUAAUUGCUUAUGUAAGAAUCGUUGGGUGGAACUCUAUUUCUACCUAAUUCGCAUUUGUUAGGCACUAACAUCAUCUUGAUGUCCGCACCCUUAUUUCCCUUUUUCAUGAAUUUUAAAUAUAUUUCCUUUUCAUUUUCUAGUAUACAAUUCAUAGAAAAUCAUAUUCAUUGAGAAAAUUCUGAAUAAUUACCAGAUAUUAUGUUACAUCCCUAUGAUCGACCUAGAAAAUUACCGCUAUUUUUGAAAGUUUUAUUAAAUUAUAAUUGACAUAUUUGUUCAGAAAUACUUCUAAAUAUCUAAAAAAUCAUAUUUUCUAGUUUUAUAAAUUUUAGAUUUCUGUGAUUUAAUAUACAAUGACUAAGUCACAUCAUGGGCCAAUCUUUCCUAUUUGGUCUAACUAUUUUUCUCAAAAUUCUUUGAAUUUCCUUAUUUGCUACUUCAACUUGCCCAUUUGUUUGGGGAUGGUAUGAAGUGGCUACUCUAUGGUAUACUCCAUUCUUUUUCAAUAGUUCUAUGAAAUGUUUAUUUGUAAAAUGUGUUCUUCCAUCACUAAUAAUUACUCUAGGACAUUCAAAUCUUGAAAAAAUAUUUUUUUAUAAAAAUUUUAUUACGAUUUUAUGAUCAUUAGUUCUAACAGGAAUAGCUUCCACCCACUUAGACACAUAAUCAAUAGCAAACAAAAUAUAUUCAUAUUUUUCAGUUGAUGGGAAGGGACCCAUGAAAUCUAUUUCCCAUACAUCAAAAAUUUCGACUACUAACAUGUUACUUAUGGGCAUUUCAUCUUUUUUACUCAUAUUACCUAUAGAUUGGCAUGAAAUCAUGUUCUACUAAAUUCUAUAAAAUCUCUAAUGUUUGGAGGCCAAUAAAAAUCACAUUGAAAAAUUUUUACAACUAUUUUUCAUCUAGAGAAAUGUCCUCCACAGUUAAAUGAAUGGCACAUAUUCAGAAUGCUAUGAUAUUCUUCUUUAGGAACACAUCUCUUUAAAAUUUGAUCAUUGCCCAAGUAAUAUAAAUCAAGAUCAUGCCAAAAUAAUUUCUAAUCAUAGAAAAGAAAUGAUAUUUUCUGUUCUUAUCCCACUGUUCUAGAAUUUUUUUAGAAAACCAGAAAAUUAAUAAUAUGCGCAUACCAUGGUGAUGGUUGAUGUUGAGUUGCCAUCAAUUGUUCAUCUAGAAAUGCAUCUUGUAAAGUUGCUGUAUUUAUUUUUGUAUCACUCAAUCUAGAAAGAUGGUCAAUAACAAUAAUCUCAAAACCUUUUUUAUCUUUUAUUUCUAAGUCAAAUUCCUACAAUAAUAAAGUCCAUGUUAAUAAAUGUGAAUUUGCAUCUUUCUUAUUUAACAAAUAUUUAAAUACUACAUGAUCAAUAUAAAUAAUAAUUUUAGCUCCCAAAAAAUAUGAUCUAAACCUUUCUAACAAAAAUACUACAACUAACAACUCUUUUUCAAUCGUGGUAUAAUUUAACUAAGCUUCAGAUAUAGUUUUACCAACAUAUGAAAUUACUAUGGGUUUUGACUCUUUUGUCUGUUCUAGAAUGACUCCCACUACAUAAUUUGAUGCAUCACACAUUAUUUCAAAGGGAAGGGAUCAAUUAGGAGCUUUUGUCUUUUUAUUUCAAAAAAAGACUCAAAACAUUUCUCAUCAAAAUUAAAAAGUACAUCUUUAGAUAAUAAUAUGGUGAGAGGUUUAGAAAUUUUCAAAAAAUCUUGAAUAAAUUUUCUAUAAUAACUUGCAUGACCGAAGAAAGAUCUAAUCUAUUAUACUAAAUUUGGAGGUUUCAUUUAAGAUAUAAUAUCAAUUUUUACUUUAUCUACCUCUAAACCUCUUUCACUCACAAUAUGACUAAACACAACUCACUCUCUAACCAUAAAAUAUGAUUUCUCCCAACUCAAAACUAUUUUUUUCUCUAUACAUUUCUUAGGUACAUGCUGUAAAUGAUUUAAGCAUUCAUCAAAUGAUUCACCAAAAAUAGAAAAAUCGUCCAUAAAAAAAUUCAUACAUUUUCCAAUCAUAUUAGAAAAAAUAGAUAGCAUACAUCUUUGAAAUGUGACUAGAGUAUUACACAGACCAAAAGGCAUGUGUUUAAAAGCAAAAAUACCAAAUGGACAAGUGAAAGUUAUUUUUUCUUGAUCUAAAAGGUUUAUAUAAAUUUGAUUAUAACUAGAGUAUCCAUCUAGAAAAAAAAAAGGUUUUUCCAACUAAUUUUUCUAGAAUUUGAUCAUUAAAUGGUAAGGAAAAAUGAUCUUUUCUAGUAACUGAAUUUAAUUUGCUAUAAUCAAUGCAAACCUUCCAACUGAUAGUUAAUCUUAUUUGUAUUUCAUCUCUAUUUUUAUUUUUUAUAACCGUGAUCUCUAAUUUUUUUUGGCACCAACAUUUCAAUCCCAUAGAUAUAUAUUUCUGAAAUUCGAAAUUACAGCUAUAAAAAGGAUAGUUUUGACAAAUUUAUUGCUGCUAAAAAUAGAAUUGAAAACAGAAGAUAGAACUGUCAGAACUGUCUAAUUUACAAAUUUCUUACAUCAUAUUGCAUGCAAGAAAAAUUAAAUCAAUUAGAUUGAUUGAUACCAAAAAAUACUAGGAAGAUUAUUAUUGAGUUAAAAGAAUAAUCUAGUAGCAUGAAAUAUUGGAAUACUCCUUGGAUACAUGAUAGAUAACAUAGAUUUGAUUUUACAAAUUUUCACUUCAUGAUCUUGAUGGAUAGUAUUUACUUGAUGCGAAAAUUUGAUUGAUCAUUUGAGUUUAAUGGAGAUUUUUGUACCCUGAUCUAUAGGACUUGAAAGAGAAAUCACUUAUUUCGAAAAAAAAAAGAGAGAGCAAUGUGAAAAAUCUAGAAACGAAGAGUAUAUAUGGAGGGUGUGAGACAUCAUUCUCAUUGUCAAAAAUCAUGCAUAGAAAAAUACUUGCUGCAAAAUAAGUGGAUAAAGUGAAAGCCCUAAAAAUGAAAAGUACACAUAGAGGGUGUGAGACAUCAUUCUUGAUGUCGAAAUUUAUCUACAGAAAAAGCUACUUAUCUACUAUAUAUAUAUAUAUAUAUAUAUAAAGAAGAGAAGGAAGAAAUAUAGUGCAAACUUCCAAAAUCAAGUCAUAGAAAAAGAGAAAUGUAUGAUCAAUAUUAUUCUUAGAUGAGUAUUGAUAAUAUUAUUCUUGGAUGAGUAUUGAUAAUUGAAACAUCUUAUAUAUAUCUAUAAGUGAAGAAGUGAUAAAGAUGUGAAUAGAAGAAGUGAAAUCUAGAUUGUUAUUCCAAGGAGUGUUUAAAUAUUUAAGUACUUGACAUCAUUCUUAAAUACUUGAUAUAAGAAUCUAAAGUGUUUAAAGGUGCAUCAUUUCUAAUUGUAUUUUUUUCUUUUUGUAUUGAAAUAUAAUUUUUGAGAUUUGUAAAUUUUAUUUUCGUAAUUCCAUUGCUAAGGGACUAGCAAUGAUUUAAGUUGGGGGGUGUGAUAAGUCUUCAUUAUCAUGAGUUAAUAAUUAUUAAAUAAUAUAAUUUUAGCCUUAACUCAUGAUAAAUAGACUUAUAUUUGUGUUAAAGUGUGAAAAGUGGUUUUUAGUUGAUUAACAUGAAUUUUUAGGUAAUUAUGUGAUUUUACAUGAUUUGUACAGUCUUACUUUUGAGAUAAAUGAAAAACAAGAAAUAAAAAUAAAAAUAUUGUAAAAUGGAGGGACCCACUGGCCAGCUGGGCCUGCAAAUGGGUCAGAAGCUUAGUUAGGGAGUAGCUACAAGUAGGGGCUCGAGCAGCUUGGCGUGGACCGAUAGGGGCACGUGUGCGCCAUUGUCCUUCCACGUCAACAGUGGCCAACCGGUUGUGGGGCAAGGUGAUGGUGAGCGGGACCUGUCUCCAUCAGCUCAGGAGACACCGGCAGUCCGAGUUCAACCUGAUUGAUGCACGAAGACGAAGGAGCCUGGCUUUCGCUACAUGGCCUAGCCCUUUGGGACGAUGACAUUCCACCUCUGUGACGACGACAAGCUUGAGCUCAACCAUAUCUUUCUUUAUAUUUUCACGUUGACUUGUUGGGCCUCGCGUUUGUGUGUUAGCAGGCCCAAUUCUAUGUGUGUGUGUUGUUGUUUGUCUCUCUUUCUUUAGGGUUUUAUUGGGUCUUUCUUUGAGGCCCAAUUAAAACCCUAAAAGGGGGGGACCUAUGUGUCUUUCUUUUUUUGGGCCUCUUUGGGGGCUUAUUUGGGUCUUUAUUUGAGGCCCACUUAAGCAUCAUAAGAGGGCCCUCCUCUUUCUCCUUUUAGGGGAGCUUAUUGGGUCUCUUUUUAAGAGGCCCAAUAAGCCCCUUUUGUAGCCUUUGUGGCUUAUGGGCUUGAGGGUCUCAAGUGGGCCCACCUCCCCUUAGCCUACUUGUGGGCCCCCAUAUAAGGGGAGGUAGAACCCCCCUCAGAGAGCGCCGUAUUUUUUGAGAGAAAUUAUCGUUGUGAGUUAUCUUCCUCGUGACCUAGAAUAGGGAGGGAAGGAGGAAGAGGAAGGCCGUCGAUACCCCCUUCGAGGACUUCGUUCCUUGUGACGCUGCUGCCCGAGAAGUCCCACUGCCGCCUGAGACCACUACCGCCGCCGGCCAUCUCAUUGCCGCCCGGGAGCUCGCCGCCGUCACCUGACGAAACGGUCGCGGUUGCCGCUGCAGCCGUCGCCGCCUCUGCUGGAACCCCGUCACGCCGUCGUGACGAAAGGGGCUCGCUUCGCCUCCCCACGAGCCGUCGCCGAGCACUCCGCCGGAGUCUCUCGACUCCCGAUUCGACUGCCGCCUCUUCCUCCAGAACUCCACCAUAAAUUCGCCGGAGCCGCCCUCAGCCGCUCCGCCCAGUCGCUGGCCGGUCGCCGACGAACGCCGACCUGCCGCCGACGUCGGAAGAGACCCCGCAGCCGCGCUGACGAGCCAGAACCAGUCCCAGCUCCUCACAGGCCCCCCCGCCGGAUUUUCCCGACGCUCCGCCGCCGUCACGCCGUUUACGGCGCCGCUUAGACCAGGAGAGCUCAACCCUCCCUGGUAUCGUCGGCCGGAUCGUCUCCUCUCUGCUCCGCUUCCCGGUGCCACCAGAGAGGCCGAUCCUUCCGGUGACGGUUGGGUUUCUGCCCCAACCGCUGACCCUCGGCAUUCCCGCCGAAGCGCCGCUGACGCUCGGCAUUCCUGCCGAAGCGCCGCUGACGCUCGGCCUUCCCGCUGAACGUCGACGCUCGGCAUUCCCGCCGAAGCGUCGCUGACGCUUGGCAUUCCUGCCGAAGUGCCACAGACGCUCGGCCUUCCAGCCGAAGCACUGCCGCCGCGUGCGCCCCGCGCGCCGGCUCUUGCGGCCUGUGCGACCACCCGGCACCACUGCCCGCGUGUCCUAGGGCACGCCGCGCGACUUGCCGUGCACGCCCGCUAGCAUGCCCUUCGGCCCACCAGUGGGCCCACACCCACUACGUGCCCUUUGGCCCACCUGCAGGCCCACGCCCAUGCCGAUUGUGCCACGCCCUAAGACGAUGACUUCUGUGACCCUCAACAAGGACCGACCGUCGACGCUGAGCAUCACUCUUCACCAGACGUCCCUGCCUUUGUCUGAUCUCCGCUCCGUCACAACCCGCCAGCCUAUGCAGCCCUGAAGGUUAACUCUGUACCCCUUCUUACUUAAGUUUAAUUAUCUUUUGAAGGGUUUUCUCAGCUCGUCUCUACCACCUUCAGGAGCACAUAGACAAGAUAGGAUAGGUUAUCAGAUUGUGACUCCCAAUGCUACGUCAGACUUGUCACAGUUCGUGAGCUGUAGCACUAGGCUACUUCACGACGAUAGUUCUACCAUCUAUCUAGACAUGGAUCGAGAGGGCCUCUCACUCACCAUCGUCAAGUGUUUACCUGGGUUGUCUUAGGAUGAUCACGCAUAUUGGUACGCCUGCCUGUGCUUAUGUUAUGUGGUCAUACCUAAAGUCUAGGGUCAAAACCUUCUUAUUAGAUCAGUCCAACUGCCCCAUCAUGAGACUCGAGUUUCAUUGAUCAUGUAUAGGGGGUUCUCGCCCUAUCCUGCAUCACAAGGAUUGGUCGUACACGCUCAGGAUUACAGGUGAUGCACCGAAAUCCUGAGCAUUCGGGAGGAUCGUCGUGCAGUAUCCUACUUUCAACUUACUUUAUGCUUCAUUUAGUGAUAAUUUUUGUGAUUUUAAUUUACCAAAAUAUACUCUAUUCAAUUACAAUUCUUCUAACUUUUACAGAUCUUAAUUUAAUCAAUUAAAUCGACUAUAAGCACUUAUAUAAGAUCACCAGGUAGAACUCUAUUUCCGCCCGAUUCAUGUUCGCUAGAUGCUGACAUCAUCCUGACACCACACCCUUAUUUCUCUUUUUCGUGAAUUUUAAAUAUAUUUCCUUUUCAUUUCCUAGUAAAAAAUUUAUAAAAAAUCAUAUUCAUUGAGAAAUAUUCUGAAUAAUUACUAAAUAUUAUACUACAUCCUUGUGACCGACUUGGAAAAUUACUACUAUUUUUGGAAGUUUUAUUGAAUUAUAAUUGAUAUAUUUAUUUAGAAAUACUUCUAAAUAUCUGAAAAUUUAUAUUUUCUAAUUUUAUAAAUUUUUGAUUUGCGUGAUUUAAUAUACAACGACUGAGUCACGUUAGUACUCUAAAUUAGAGAAGAGUCAUAUCUCAUUGGGUCUAAUUAGGAGCAACUUUGAGCUUGUAGUCUACUUCAAGAAGAAGGUGAAUUCUUACCUAUAUGUGAGUAUAUGUUGAUGAUUUAAUCAAUACUUGGAACAUUGAAAAGGAAAUUGAAGAUUUCAAGUUCAAAAUGGCCAACAUAUUCGAGAUGUUUGAUAUUUUCAUAUUUCAGUGAUUUAAAAUAUAUAUACUAUAGUUUUCAUUAUUUUAUUAUUUUCAUUUCAAUAGUAUUUAAAAAAAGUUUAUUAGGCUCAUUUGAUUUCUAUUUACAUUUAUUUCAUAAUUUAGAAUUCUAAAUCUUUAGUUUCUAUUUAUUUACUUGAGUAUCUUAAUUUUUCAUUGAUUCUAUACUUAUCUUUGACAUAUUGAUUAGAAUCAUAUCUUUAUGUCAUGAUCAUUGCUAGAUUUAAAGUUUGAAAAACCUGAUUUAUGAACAGUAGAUGCAGUUGGCAACCAAUCUUAGAAAAUCCAACUAUUAACCAAUCUAAAAAUUUAGGGACACAUGAAAAAUGAAAUUUACCACUCAUAUAAGAGACUCCAACAAAAGAAAAAAGAAAAAAAACAUCUUCUAUAGAAGUAGAACCAUCUAAGAUGGAUCAUCCAACCUAACUAAAAAUUUAGGGACACAUGAAAAAUGAAAUUUACCACUCAUAUAAGAGACUCCAACAAAAGAAAAAAGAAAAAAAACAUCUUCUAUAGAAGUAGAACCAUCUAAGAUGGAUCAUCCAACCUAACUAAAAAUUUAGGGACACAUGAGAAUGUUGAAAAUAUUCAACCUUAUAAAUCUACGUGUGAUUAUUAUUCAUCUAUAAUUUGCCAAACAUCUAGGAUAGAUGAUAUGUCUUCAUUAUCAUGAGUUAAUAAUUAGUAAAUAAUAUAGUUUUAGCCUUAACUCAUGAUAAAUAGACUUAUAUUUGUGUUAAAGUGUGAAAAUUAAUUUUUAGUUGAUGAACAUAAGUUUUUGGGUAAUUAUAUGAUUUUAUAUGAAUUUAUAUGAUUUUUACAGUCUUACUUUUGAGAUAAAUGAAGAAAAAGAAAAUAAGACAAAAUGGGGGGGACCUGCAGACCAACCGGGCCUGCAAGCAAGUCGAAAGCAUAGUCAAGGAGUAGCCGCAAGUAGGGGCUUAAGUAGCUUGGACCAAUUGGGGCACGUGCCACUCCCCUUCCACAUCACCAAUGGCCAGCCGGCUAUAGGGCAAGGAGUGGUCAAACACGUGCAAGAAAGAGACUUAAUUGGAAAUAUAAUAUUAUUAUAUAUUCGCCAAAAACUUUGGCACACAACCGAUGUGGGACUAAACUCGCGUCACACCUUCCCUAGAAAGGGUGGGCAACUGGUGUGGGUUUGAAUCUUCCUAG